AUGCCCGGAGUUGCCGCAACUCACUGCCUACUAACCGUCGUAACCAAGGGCGACAACUGCGAGGGAUACCCCCUCAAGUUCUGUGGAGUUGCUAGCCGCGGGAAAUUGUCUGGCAAGCCUCACCCCUUUGCCGACACCUCUCCCAGGCCCACCAAGAAGAGACGCGUUCGGGCUCAAUCCAACGCUGGAAGCACAGAGGCUGUUGCUCCGGCCUCGACUCCCAGGGACAUUAGGCCAUCUCCCCCGGAUACAACCACAGUCACAGCCGUCUCCCCUCCUACCGGACCUACCCUCGCCAUUUCCCCUGUAGGAGCCAUCGGGGAUCCCAACCACCUGGACCAGGAUGCGACGAUAACAGUCCCCGGAGGGGCAAUUCUCCCCGAAUCCCCCGAAUUUGAUUGGUCUAGUCGCGAGGCCUUCAUGGAGAUGGCUUCGAUUCUCAGAGGGAGUGCGUUAGAGGACCAGAUUACCGGUGUCAGCCCGGCAACGAGCACACUCUCCCGCGACGAUGAACUCCUACUACCACUAGAUGCUAUCUGCGGUACUACGGAAGCAGAGGGUCAGCGGAUUCUGGUUGGAAUGAACAAGUUUUCCUUGUCCAACAGUGGGAAUGUACAGGAGGAUGCAGUCGCUGCUUCACUGGCUGCUUCCUUUUCUAGGAUUCCUUGGGCUUCCAGGAUAGCAGCCGUCAAGUUUGAUGCCCUGCCGAGUCUAUCUUCCCCGUUAGAUAAGACGCCUUUUCCUACAAAUCUGGACCAAGAUCGGGUGCAAUUUCUACUACAAUACUUUGACGAAACCGUAUGCCCAAAACUCGUCAUCGACGGAGCAGCAGCCUGGUCCAACCCUUUCCAGCAAUACCUCCUCCCAAUGUCCCUCCAGUUCUCGGGCGUCCUAUACGCCGUUCUGGGUCUCUCACUAGGCCAUCUGUCCAUCAACCACUACGACAAUCCCUUCAACGAGCAGGAAUCACUGCAGUACCGCUUUAGGGCGAUCAGGCAGGUGAUUGACUGGCUGGAAGGGUUGCAAGGCACCUCUACUGAUCCCUGUCUCGUAGAAGCUGGGCUUGCCAUAAUACUAAUCUUGUUGAUACACGAUGUCUGUGAAACUGGUGUUUCGGCAGGGGGCAUUCAUUUGAAUGGGGUCACAAGCAUCUGUCAACGAUACUCGAAACUUCUUGAGAGGUCGAUUCGCGAUAGGCCAUGCAUGAAAUUCUUAUUUGGCGCUCUGUCAUGGUUACACAUGCUUCGCUGUGUCCCAAGGAGAUAUGAAGAAUUACUCACCGACGGGGUUCAGGAACACGUCUUCCAGGAGAUGUGCCCUAGGCUUUUUGAGUGCUUCUCAGGAUGUCCGCUGGAACUCUUUCUGGCUUUCUCUCGUCUACUUAAACUCUCCAAAGAUGAAUCUUCAGCAACCUCAGAGACCUCCCCCGACAUGGAAUCCAUCCGGUCUAUUCAACAAUAUCUCACCACUUGGCGGAGAGAUGCGAGCAGUGAUGCAGCCCCUGAAGAUGGCUCAGACCACCUCGCCAACGCCUUCCGGCACGGCUUCCUCCUCCACUCGCUGAGUUUCUCAGACAAGGAUAUGACCGCUGACAACCCCGAGAUCCAAAGACACAUCCAAGAGAUCCUCAACGCGGUUUCAAAAGUCCCGACCGGCUUCAAAGGCUCAUCAAGACUGCUCUGGCCACUGUUCAUGGCUGGUACAGAGAGCUUGAUGGCGUAUCAGCAAGAUUACGUGCUUCUUCGAGUCAAGUCCAUCUUGAACGAUACAGGGUUUCGAAAUCUGGCAUCUACAACUAUCUUGGAGCAUAUUUGGAAAGAGCGUAGGAAAGGGGCGGGGAGCGGCAGGGACACGAAACUAUGGACGGACUACCUAUCAAAGAGAGACAUCAUGGAAACCCACGAUUAUCUGAUCUUUUAA